AUGAGCUCGAGCAGUAGAACAUUUGAGGUGCUGGUACUGAGCUCCGUGCCUCUGAUCACGACGACUUCGACUAAAGACCGGCGACUCUCCCGCUUUAUGGAAACCGAGGCUGUGCGCUCUGUCGUGGUCAUGCUGCCUCCCAAGAACUGCCUCACGAGGAACUACAGCUGCAUAGCUGGGUUGUUCGGGAGCUUGGCAGCAGACCCGAGACUAGAAGACGUGGAGGGGAUGGAGCUGAACGGAACCAGCGAGCCCAUCGAGAUGCACCAUGUGGUGGAUGAGAGACCAAGAGGCCGGGAAUCCUUCCUCAAACCCCCGCAGAGUCCGAACCUGCGCCGGAGGUGCAAGUCUCUGCCGACCCCCAUAGAGAGAGCGAAGCUUGAGAUCUCCCGCAGCCGGAGUCCCUGCAGCCAGAAAAAGGUCCGUUUCGCCGACUCUCUGGGUCUGGAGCUCACCUCUGUGAAGCACUUCAAUGACACCGACAUGCCCGAUGUGCCGGAGCGCAUAAUGGCCACAUUCGACAGGGGUCCCCUUCACCUGAACCCAUUUGACAAGUUCCCCAGGGCACCGACCACCCAGUCAAGUUAUAUGGAGCUGCAAUUCAAGAACCCCGGGACCCUACCAGGCUUUACUGAGAAAGUGAAAGAACUUAAAGUGUUGUUGGAGUGUGCUGAAGCCGACGAGUUCAGUCUGUCGGGCGUCGUGCGGGUUUUGAACAUGGCUUUCGAGAAAAGUGUCUAUUUGAGGUUCUCAAUCAACAACUGGAUAACCUUCAUGGACAGUCUGGCAUCAUAUGUCCCAGAAUCAAGCAACGGCGUGACAGACAAAUUCUCCUUUAAGAUAAUCACCCCAACAACGUUUCUGGAGAGCGGAGGCACAUUCCAGUUUGCCAUAAGAUACUGCGUUGGUGGAGAUGAGUAUUGGGACAAUAAUAACGGGGUCAACUACAAAGUGCGACGCCACAGGUUUAAGAUUUCUCCACCCCGUGAGUGGGAGGAUGGCUGGAUUCACUUCAUCUAA